GAAGAUUUUUUUUCUCGUGUCAAGUAUAAAUAGCUUGUGUGUUUACGUUUAGCUAGAUAGAGUCCUUUGUUAGUCGCAUCGUUUUGCUAUCAAAAAUGUGCGGGCCGUAUAACAACCUACUUAUUGUUCCGUAAUUCCUCGUGGGGAGUUAUUAAAAAUAUUUUCACAAACGUUUUUUUCUCUUGAGUGCAGUUUUUUUCUUCCUUAGCCCUUUAGUGUAUACUUGGAACCGAAAAGGAAGCGUCAAUUCAAGUGGAAACAUUCUUUAAGGUCAUCUUUAGGCUUUUAAGGCUGCAGCCAUGGUGUUGAUUCUUGGCAGACGGAUGAACAGGGAGGACACCGGCAUCAGCGACUCACCGGCUGUAAAACGCAAGGUGUUUGAGGUGGACUCCAAGACCGUAGCCAAUCAGGAGGUGUUGGACUUCUGCUCCGGCUCCUCCCACUCCGAGGGCAUCCUGCAGGUGUUCAACGAGUUCCGCGACUGCCGCCUGUUCACGGACGUGGUCAUCAGCGUGCAGGGCCGCGAGUUCCCCUGCCACCGGGCCGUGCUCUCAGCGUGCUCCUCCUACUUCAGAGCCAUGUUCUGCAACGAUCACCGCGAGAGCCGCGAGAUGCUGGUGGAGAUCAACGGCAUUCUGGCCGAAGCCAUGGAGUCCUUCCUGGCUUAUGUUUACACUGGCCGUGCCAAGAUCACCACAGAGAAUGUCCAGUUCCUCUUCGAGACCUCCAGUCUCUUCCAGAUCGCCACGUUACGUGACGCCUGCGCAAAGUUCCUGGAGGACCAGCUGGAUCCGUGCAACUGCUUGGGCAUCCAGCGCUUUGCGGAUGCGCACUCCCUCAAGCAGCUGGCCAGUCGCUGCCGCAGUUACGCUUCGGCCAAUUUCUCAGAGGUGGCUCAGCACGAGGAGUUCCUCGACCUCCGCAGGGAAGAGCUGGAAGAGUACAUCGACAGCGACGAGCUGUCCAUCGGGAAGGAGGAGGUUGUGUUUGAAGCCGUGAUGCGCUGGGUUUACCACAGUGUGGAGCACCGUAAACCCAUGCUGAAGGCCUUGCUGCACCAUGUGCGCUUGCCUCUCCUGCACCCCAACUACUUUGUCCAGACCGUGGAGGGAGACCAGAUCAUCCAGAAUGCUCCGGAGUGCUACCAUCUGCUCCACGAAGCCAGGCGAUACCACGUACUUGGAAAUGAGAUGAUGUCACCCAGGACCCGGCCACGCAGGUCGACUGGCUACUCUGAGGUGAUUGUGGUGGUGGGCGGUUGUGAGAGAGUAGGCGGCUUCAACCUGCCCUACACCGAGUGCUACGAUCCAGUGACAGGAGAGUGGAAGUCGCUGGCCAAACUGCCCGAGUUCACCAAGUCGGAGUACGCCGUGUGUGCCCUCCGCAAUGACAUUCUGGUGUCAGGUGGACGCAUCAACAGCAGGGACGUGUGGAUGUACAACUCACAACUCAACCUGUGGAUCAGAGUGGCUUCAUUAAAUAAAGGCCGAUGGAGGCACAAGAUGGGUGUCCUGCUGGGCAAGGUCUACGCUGUGGGCGGUUACGAUGGCCAAAGCCGCCUGAGCAGUGUGGAGUGUUAUGACUCCUUCUCAAACCGCUGGACAGAGGUGGCGCCCUUGAAGGAGGCAGUCAGCUCGCCGGCUGUGGCCAGUUGUGCCAGCAAGCUCUUUGUCAUAGGAGGAGGGCCCGACGACAAUACCUGUUCAGACAAGGUCCAGUGUUAUGAUCCAGAGACAGACACUUGGCUCCUCCGAGCUAACAUCCCCAUCGCCAAGCGCUGCAUUACCGCCGUGUCGCUCAACAACCUUGUGUAUGUGUGCGGCGGUCUCACCCGGUCCGUAUUUUGUUACGACCCUGCAGAGGACUACUGGAUGCAUGUGGUGCAUACAUUUGCAAAACAGGAGAGCUGUGGCAUGUCGGUGUGUAACGGCAAGAUCUUCAUCCUGGGAGGCCGGGGCGAAAAUGGCGAAGCAACGGACACCAUCAUGUGUUAUGACCCAGCGACAGGCAUCAUCACAGGAGUGGCUGCGAUGCCCCGUUGCAUCUCUUACCACGGCUGCGUAACCAUUCAUCGCUUCAAUGACAAGUACCAUAGGCCAUGAUCAGAAACGCGCAUGUACUUAGAGUGUCCGAGUGCGCAAACGCACACAUAAACACACAAUUCAUUGCAUCACGAGCAUCAGUCAGUUAAUUUAUUUUCUCAGAAUAUCAUGUAGCAACACGGAAUUGCUCUGGACAAACAAAACAAAAUGAACAUCAACAGUCAAACAUGGCAAACAUGCAACAUUUUGUUGUUAUUAACAGCAGGUUUCCUAGAAAGUGUCCAAAGAUCAUCAAAUAAUGCCGCAUCAGUUUGUUUGUUUUUUUGGAUGCAGCAUCCCUAAAAAGUUAUUAUACACUUCCGAUUUCCUGUUUUCUCCAUUUUGUUUCAGGUACCAUUCGGACAACUAAGGCUUUUUUGGAAACACAUUUCCUUGCCCAUGGAUGAUCAAUUGACAUUGGAACAGCGUUGCAAAAUUGCCGCCGAGCAAGCGGGUUUUCUGUUGCUUACUGCAGUUUAGUGCUAAUUUCAGAAGCUGUAUGGUGACGACACUGUUCCAAUGCGUCGUGCACUUUGUGCUGUGCUUUGCAAGUUUCCCGAAACAGGAUGUGUUUUUUUUUUGAACAACCAUGCAGCUCUUUUGCCCGCCAAUGAAGGGGCUGAGGAAAGUUAGCAUGGAUAGCGUAAAUUGUAUGAUGCAUAGGAACAUUGUGAAUGCUAAAGCUUCUCAAACAGGUUCUACACUGCCGUGGGGGACAGAAUUACUUGUUGCCAGGUGGCAAUUUUGAAACCCGCCUCCUUUGUCAAUUGAUGAGCCCCCUGCAAAGGAUCUGCUAAAAAAAAGAGUUCAAUGCAUAGCUGUCAAAUUCUGAUGGCCUCAUCUCAUGCUGAAUGAUAUGUGAAAUUGAAUUGUAAAAGGGAAGUGUAUUGUGACUUGUGGAACACCCUAUAAAUAAAUCAUGUAAUGUGGAAAAAAAAUAUUUAUUUUUGAAGUUAGGUCAGACAAAACCAGCAAUGCUAAUUUUGUUUCCAAUGCACUUUUUUUUCUCAAAGUGCUGGCGAGUUAAAAAACAAAAACAAACAAAAAAAACAUUAAAAACAGUUCGGUAAAAAAUUCAAUAACAAUGAAAAUGACUUAGUGUAGUUUUUUUUGACAGCCUGCACUAAUGUGCUUCGAAUCAGAAAUAUAUUUCCCUUCACCUGCAGGAAUGAUAGAAAACAAAAAGACAGUAUCAAGUUAUGGCAAUACUAUUAACAUCCCUUUUUAGAUCAUUAAAUUGAGCUCCUUCCAUUUCUUCCAUGUCCAUUUACCGUACCUUUGCCACUUUGAUUCACAUCCAUAGUUCUAUCUAAGCUUUAUUUUGCAAUGUUGUCAUUCAUAUUCAUCUUAUUACUGGUAAUUGUAAUUGUACGAACUAGAAGUUCUGUGUGUGCGUGUCGUGUGUUUUUUUUCUUUUUUAAUUCUUGUGUAUACGUUUAACCAAGUGUGUUCUGAUUGUUUAAUAGUGUGGUGGGCAUGUGGGUGGUGGUGUAGAUAUAAAGAGAGGCCUUUUUGUAGAUCAAACUCUCAUCUUGAGUGUGCUCUGAAUAUUGAAUGUGCCUGUACAGACACGGUUGAUGCGUGCGUGACUUUUACAACGCAGUUUGGAUGGUGUUAGCGAUGCAUGGCUGCUCCAUGUUAACAAAUGCUGCUUACACCAUUGCAUUAAACGACACAAGAUGUAACUCGGGUCAACCGUAGAUACCUCCGUGUGUGUUUGUGGAUUUGAAAGUGGGAGGACAUGUUUGAAGCACUACCCUUGACUUGAGGUCAGUAAAAAAAAUUUUUUUUCCUUUUUUACGAUAGGUGUUGGUAGACAAGAUGUUGCUGUGAACUUUUUUUUCUUGUAUUGAAAUGGAUCUUUCUUCCUCUAACUGAAAGCCCCAAUUGUGCACUUUGAUAGAAUCAUGUUAAAAAUAUAAGUUGACCAAAAAAAAAGAAAAACAUAAUAAAAACACUUUUUUUUUACUGUAUCAGUAAAUAUUAUUUGCUUUCACGUGAAACAUGGAGGGGAUUGAGUAGGACGCCUCUGUUUAGACAUAUCAUGCCACGGUUCAGAUAUGACAACAAAGACACGAGAGGGCAAAGUUCAGUGAAAGGACUUUAGAAAGAUUAUAAAGAUGUGAGAGCUUUGCUUUUGUUCAACAUUUUUAGUUAAGAGGACAUGGACAAAACAAUCAAUCCAGCAAUCUGUUUUCAGCAAAGGGCCAUAAAAGAAGGAAAAGCAUCACAGGAGGCCAACCAGCCGGUAGGAUAUCGAUAGCAGAAGCUGUUUGAGAAGAAGUGUGUGUGUGUGUCUGGGAUUUCACUGAGUAUUUACUCAAAUGCGAUAUAGCACUUCCUCCAGUGUUGAUUACCUUCAUACAUGUUUGCUUUAAUAAGAUUUAUACUCAUUUUGUGUUUGUAUUUUGUGUGGAAUUGUGUGUUUUCCACAACAAGCACCCCAUGUGCAAAACGUAUCAAGAUUUGAGCUAUUUUUUAAGAAUUUAUUUGAUAUGUACUUAAGUAGAAAACAACUUGGGUAAAUUGGAUUUGAUUCUGAUGUCACCUUGUGUAAAAUAAUGUGCCUUUAAAGAAUAAACCAGCAAGGGAA